AGGAAGAGUUCUUCAUGAGCCAUCCUGUAUCGUCAUCCGAGUCUGUUGAUUUUGUCGCUAGAGGAGAGAAGAAACACGAUCAUUAUGCGACUGGCGGAGCAACUACUUGGAGGAAAGGAGAAACCGCAAAGAAGGUUUACCAACUACUCGACGUCGGUUGUUUCGCAGGCGGUUUUUCUGACACAGCGUUGAAAUUAUGGGAGAACGCGGAC